CAUUGAACCUCUUUGUGCGCACUCUCCUCUGCCCAUCAUCGCCUUCUACCCUUAUCCCACUUCUUUUUCUCUCCCUCCUCCUUCUCACCACACUCAUCACCAACCAUGGGAAAGCUUCAUAAGAAGGGAAAGGCCGGAGCGGCCGUUAACUACAUUACUCGUAACCAGGCCCUGAAGAAGCUGCAGGUCACCCUUGCCGACUUUCGUCGCCUCUGUAUUCUCAAGGGAAUCUAUCCCCGCGAGCCCAAGAACAAAAAGAAGGCUAACAAGGGAUCGACCGCCCCAGCGACUUUUUACUAUGCCAAGGAUAUCCAGUACCUGAUGCACGAGCCCAUCCUGGCCAAGUUCCGCGAGUACAAGACGUUUGCAAAGAAGAUGGCAAAGGUCAUGUCUAAGGGUCAAUACAGCACUGCCAAGACACUGGCCGAAAACAAGCCGAUCUACACACUCGACCACAUUAUCAAGGAGCGCUACCCAACCUUCACGGACGCCCUCCGCGAUCUCGAUGAUGCACUGUGCAUGAUCUUCUUGUUUGCGACCAUGCCCAAGACGGACAAGAUUAAGGCCGAGGCGAUCGAGAACUGCCAGCGUCUUGCGGCUGAGUUCCAGCAUUAUGUCCUGCACACGAGGAGCUUGAGAAAGGUGUUCUUGUCGAUCAAGGGUAUCUACUAUCAGGCAGAGAUCAAGGGCCAGACCAUUACCUGGCUCGUCCCAUACCAGUUCUCCCAGGAUGUUCCUACUGAUGUCGACUUCCGUGUCAUGUUGACAUUCCUCGAGUUUUACCAGACAUUGUGUGGAUUCGUCAACUACAAACUAUACUCCGAUGUCAACCUGGUGUAUCCACCCAAGCUGGAUCUUAAGCUGGACGAAGGCGGCGCAGGAAUGAAUGCUCUGAUUAUCGAAUCGACUCAGUCGACUGCCAACAUUGCCAAGAGCAUCAACCAAUCUGCUGGCACCCAGUCCUCUGUUGACGUCGCCUCAUUAUCCAAGGAGGAGAAGCAACGCCUUCAGGAGUCAGAAAAACGCCUCCAGACGCUCAGCAACAAGAUCGCACAUAUCCAGGAGUCAAACACUGAUGAGCCCAUGAACGGUUCGGGAUCGUCAAGAGACAACGAUAACGAUGAUGCAAUGGACGAGUUCCCUGCACCCCUGCCCAACCUCGAUGGCACCUCCUCUAGCACUGUGACCUUUUCGGAUAUCCAAAAGGCAUCCCAACAUUUGAGUCAAUUCCAGUCCCUGUUCAGCAACUGCUAUAUCUUCCUGUCGCGUGAGGUGCCCCGCUACUCGCUCGAGUUCAUCCUUCGCGCCUGCGGUGGACACAUCGGAUGGGAUGCUGUCCUGGGAGAGGGUUCGCCCUUUGAUGAGAACGACGAGAGGAUCACACAUCAAAUCAGCGAUCGCCCCACACAGGGACACCGGUUCUUGAGCCGUCAAUAUGUUCAGCCCCAGUGGGCAUAUGACUCUAUCAAUGCAGGCAAGAUCUUGACGGCCGAGCCCUAUUAUGUCGGCAAUACCUUGCCCCCUCACCUGUCGCCAUUUGUCGAGGCUAAGGAGGGCGAUUAUGUUCCUGAUCAGAACCAGUUUGAGGGUCAGACUGAGGAUCUGGAGAUCGAGAGCGGAGAUGACGAUGAGGAUGAGGACGAGGACGAGGACGAGGAUGAGGAAGAGGAAGAAGAGGAGGACGAAGAUGCUGAGCAUAAGGAUCUUCACCAAAGAGAAUUAGAGGCCGAGGCGAAGGGUGUUGCAUUCACGGAAUUUGAGGCAAAGGAGAACAAGAAGAAGAAGGUCACUAGCAAGGCUGCUGCUGCUGCUGCACCCGCAGCACCAAUGCCGACGACGCGUACUGCUGGCAAGAAGCGUACGGCUGCAGAGGCUGAGGAGGCCGAGGCCAAGGAGCUGGCCAAGAUCAUGAUGACGAACAAGCAGCAGAAGCUGUACAACAAGAUCCAGUACGGCAAGAACAAGAAGGCGGCCGAGGUCGAGAAGCUGACCCAGAAGAAGGAGCAGUUGGCCAAGGACGCCAAAAGUGCCAACAAGAACAAGAAGGCCAGAAAAUAGGUCUCUUGUUCCAUCUCUCAUCGCAUUCUUCCCCUUGUUUCCUUCUAUCAUCCUUAGCAUUCAUAUUUCCUCAUUCCCGGUAGACUUUUUCUUCUUUUAUUUCACUUCAUAACAAUACACCAACUUAUUCUUCAUGAG